CUAAGGAUAAUGCAAUUUGAAUCUUAAUAUGAUCUUGUAUGCAGAACAAAAGGAAUUAUUGUUAUGGUCCAAGCAUAUUUAAAAUUGAUGCAUUAUGAAUCAACGACGAAUUAAAAAAAAAAAAAUCGAGCGUGAUUCUGGUUCCAAUUGCUCUAAUUAGAAAAGGGUACCUUGUACAUGAUAGAGAUAUAUAAUAAUUUAUAAUUUAUGCAUUAACUAUUAAUCUUAUCUUUUUUUUAUCAGCUAUUUAAUCUUAUCUGCAUAUUACUUCUUGUUUGGUUUUCUACACCUGGACUAAUUACUACUAUAUGUUUUUUCUUUAUGUCAAGUUGACACAUGAUAUAAAGGAAGAUUUCCUCCUCCCUUUUUUACUGGUCCUAGGAAUGUCCAUUUGGACCACUCAUCAAUAUCUAGUUGUGUUGCGAACAAGAUUCAGAAAUCUGGCUCCAGCCAGUGUUAUAUGGGAGUUAUCAAAACAGGUAUUAGAUGGAGGACAAGCUUUCAUUUCAUAGCAUUAUUCUAGCAUGCUCAAGCGAUUGGUAUUGUCCCAACCAGAUGAAUAUCCUUUCAUCACACACACCUUAUAUCAUCUCAACAAUUGCAUGUAACCAAUGUUGCUAUUUGCCUCACAUAUCAAUUUGCGAGAACGCGUUUAAAGGUGAGCUUGGCGGUGUUGGAUAGAGUGUUUGAUUCUCCAUCAUCACUGAAUGGAAGCGAAGCGUCCACCAGUUGAUUCCACGACUAAAUGAUUGAGGGGAGGGAUAGGUGUGGUAUAAUGGAAACUAAAUGACUGGUUCAGGAGAGAUUGAGAGUGCAUUGAAGAAAGAGUUCUUUUCAUUGAUCAACAUUCACCAAAGGACUAAUAGUAUGGUAAAAUCUGCAGGCAGUGGCAUAAUUUGGGCUUUCCUUAACAUGCUACCAAGGGGUCCACGGGAGUAGUGAUGGCUCUUUCUAACCUGACAUGUCUCGGACAUUUUUAAGACUGUGUAUUACUCUAUUUGUUUAGUGCAAGUGUUAUCAGAUCCGUAGUAGCCUAAGACAGAGCAUGGAUAUUACUUCCGAUCUGUUCCGUUUCGUUCUCUAUCCAUUAUACCAUGAUUUUCAUUAAUUUUAUAUGUAUUUCUUCUCUUUUGUCCUCUCUAAAAUCAUAUUUGCAUCCCAAAAAAUAUAUAAAACUCUAUCUUUCAACUAUUUAUACUAAAAUUUUCCUUUUACUAUAUUUCUCAUUCAUUUAUGAAGUGUUUUCUCUAUAUGUUCUUUUAAAAUAGUUAAAUAUGAACGUGAAUUUUCAAAUAUCAUAUAAGAAAGGGUAGACCCGCCCACCCUGUACCCGCACGGGUAUUAUCCUACCUGGCCCACACUUAAUUAGUGUGGAGUGGGUUGGAUAUUGAGGUACCUGUCUUGCCAUCACUACAUUAGAGAAGGAAAAGUACAACAUAGAUUUUGAAUUUGAGAUUUCCAAGUUGAAAAUCAAUUAUUAGACCACUACAUUAACACAUUAACCUCUCUUUCGUUAUUUUUUCGUGGUAUUUGAAUUUAGAUAGACUUUUGUAUAUGUGAAUAUCUUGAACAAGGUAAGCCUAAUCACAAUACAAUUUUUUGUCCGACAAUGAUAAGAUUUUACUAUCGUAGUGGAAUUAUAAUUUUUAGACUUUUUAGGAAGGGUUUCCAAAACCAAUCAGAAUUCAGAAAUUCCGCACCAUCUACGUUUUCCUAGUCUUACAAGGAAAACUAGACCAUUUUCUAUAACUACUUUUUUAUUUUGGUACACCAUACAAUUUCUCGUCACAUUGGAAAGUACCUAGAAGAUCAUAAACAAAGUGAAGAUAAAUCAAAGGAUUUGACAAUCCUCUAUACAUGGUGAUUAUCAAUAUCCAAAUCUGAUCAUCUUAGAUAUUAAAGAUGGACCAUAACUCAUGAGAUCUUUCAUGCAUGUAAAAAUCCAGUUUCUUAAUCGUUUGGUAAGCAUGUAAUCUACCCAGGAAUUUCAAGAUUACAUGAUAUCUGAGAUUCCACUGUUUUUCUUGUUUCAUUUUUGGAUAGAUAUCAUAAUAUUGGUGCACCAUGUAAUUCUAGAAUUUAUGUGACCAUGAUAUCUCAAAUGCUUUGGGUUUACUCAAAGUAUAACCCAAAGUAUAACCCAAAGUAUUUGAGAUUUCAUGCCAAAUUAUGUGGGUUCUACUAUAAACUCAUGCAAGCCAAACAAUGCAUUCUAAUAUUACACAAAUUUUCACAAAUCAUCCUACAAUAUACAUGAAUUCUUCAAAUACAUGAAAUCUACCUUACGAUGCUUUCAAAGUUAAAUACUCGUUUUUAGAGUGGAAACAAACCCUAAAAACAAUAGAAACCCAGGCGAAAUCCAAAACUCUAGUAGAAACAAUAACGCCUCACUUUCUCGCCGUCCCACCCUACUCUGCAACCGAAUCCCCAUUUCGCUUUCGCCAUAAAAAACAGAGACCUCCCGAAAGAGCAACACACGAUUAAAACACACAAAAAGAGACGACGGAAAGAAAAAGCACCACCAGCAGCAGCAGCAGAAGAAGAAGAACCAAGUUCCCCUGCCACUCCACUUCCCCUCCUACAUUACAUAACUCCAAGAUUUCAGCUUUUUCUUUUCUACUUCCCGCUUCUUCACUCUGGCGGUGAAAUGUGGGCAAAAAAUGGCGGAGUUCGCUCCCGUUUUUACAUUUAAAUAUAUUGGUUUCUGUUAAGUAUUUAUCUCUGCCCUCUGUUCUGUUUGUUUCCUCUCUGACUCUUUCUUAGUUGCUACUCAAAAUUCUAAGCUCUGUUUCUGCGGGAGAGGAGGAAGUGAAAGAAAGAAGUGCAUUAAAAAAAUUUGCCCUUUUUAAUAAUGGCGAUAUAAAUUCCCCUCCAAUCUCUCUCAUUUCAUUUUCCAUUGAUACCCACCUCCCAGUUCGCCUCAAAUCUCUCUCUCUCUCUCUGUCCAUUUCCAUCGUUAACGGUCACUACUCCCUCUCUCUUCCUCGCUAGUGCACUCCACAGGACAUUUAAUACUCUACAUUCUCUCUCUCUCUUGCUCUGUUUCUCUCCGUGCCAAUUGAGAUCUCUUUUCAGUCGAAAACCCAAUUGGGGAGAGACUUCUCUUUUCAGCGCCCCAUCUCCAAUUCCUAUCCCGUAAGAAUCACUGCAUCUGGUCCGUAUUUGGGCUGGUGGGUUCUUUAUGUAGCUUGUUCCUGUUAAUGGGUGGUGUUCUGAUCUGCUCUCUUAUUGGUUGUAGAAGAGAUUGAUAGAAUAGAGAGGAAGGAGAAGGAUGUUGACGUGUAUAACGUGUACCAAGCAGCUUAACAGCGGCGGCAACAAUGGAUCUCUACCGCAGAGAAGGGAAAGGGAUGAGAAUGGUCUCGACGACGAUUAUGCUACGGAGACGCCCAGGACGAAGCAGGCCAUUAAGAAUCUCACCGCUCAGAUAAAAGACAUGGCGAUAAAGGCAUCAGGUGCUUAUAAAAACUGCAAGCCGUGUUCAGGUUCAUCAAACAAUAAGCAGCAGAAUGGGAACUAUGCCGACUCUGAUGCGGCAUCAGAUUCAGCUAGGUUCCACGGUUCAUACCGUAGGGCGGCUGCGGGUGCUGCAGGUAGUUCGAAUUCUACGCCUAGGAUUUGGGGGAAAGAGAUGGAGGCAAGGCUCAAAGGGAUGUCGAGUGGUGAAGGAACUCCAGCAUCUGGGAGUGGUAGGACGGAAUCCGUAGUGUUCACGGAGGAAGAUGAGCCUAAAGAAUGGGUUGCGCAAGUGGAGCCUGGUGUGCUCAUCACAUUCGUUUCGUUGGCUGAAGGUGGUAAUGAUCUCAAGAGGAUUCGAUUCAGCCGUGAAAUGUUCAACAAAUGGCAAGCUCAAAGAUGGUGGGCAGAGAACUACGAGAAGGUCAUGGAACUAUACAACGUUCAACGGUUCAAUCAGGAAGCUGUCCCACUGCCAACACCACCAAGACCAGAGAAUGAGAACCCAAAGCCUGAAUCUGCAAAAGAAAGCCCCAUGACUCCACCACUGGGUAAAGAACGACCUCUCAGCAACUCACGACAUCCAAAGGGAGCGAGCUACAUUUCGUCAGUAGACUCGAUCGAGCACCAUCCACAAAUGCAAUCCCGCCAGUACUAUGAUACCUCAGCUGGCCUUGCUUCAACACCAAAGCUGUCCGGCACAAAAACAGAAGCAUCAUCCAUCGAUGGCUGCUCUGCCAGGACGAGUUCAUCAAGAGAUGUUGAGGAAGAUCAUUCAUGCGAGCUCUCCCCAAGCAAUGCAAGUGAAAGUGGAGCUGAAUGGGUUGAGCAGGAUGAACCAGGAGUGUACAUUACUGUCAGAGCACUACCUGGCGGCAAUCGAGAACUUAGGCGCAUCAGGUUCAGCCGAGAAAUGUUUGGAGAAAUGCAAGCAAGGGUGUGGUGGGAAGAGAACAAAGCCAGGAUACAAGAACAGUACUUGUGACACUCGUUGGACACAAAGAUUUAACAACAUUCAUAGUUGAUGUGACAAACAAUACAUUAACCUCAAAAGUACGAAAUCUUUUUCCCGGAGAAGAUAUCAGAGGUGAGAAUGUUGGCAGACCUCAGAAUGGGACAAUAUAUGCAGCAGUCUGGGUCUUCAGGACAUCCUAACUUAACUGUUUCUACCACCACCCCCCACAUUUGGCCAUUGGAUUGUGCAUGGAAAUGUCUUAAGAGUGAUCAUUUGGUGUAUGUAGUAAUGUUCAUAACCUCAGACCUCAUCAAUUUCAGACUGUUAUCUUUGUUUCGUGGAUGUAAAGUAACAAGAUUGGUUGCUUUUCACUAGUGUGUUGCUUUGUGGAGCCGAUAUGGUAGGCAAAGAAAGAGAGGAGAAAGAAGUGAAAAUGAUGAUUCACUGUGUUCUACACUUAAAAGAAAGCUGUCAAGCGCCAUCCGGGUUGGUCCUUUAGUUUUUGUUUUUCUUGGCCUCUAUACUCUAUCAAGUAUCAAGUUUGGGUCUCAAGUGUUGUGGAGUAUGAAGCCUUGUGGAUUGUAGGAUUACUAAUCUAGUGGUUUAAAACAAGUCAAAAUAGAGAAAAUCAGGGCGUAUAUUAUGAUAUUUAGAAUAUAAUUAGCUGAAGGGCAUGGCAAUGAACCAUAUAUUUAGCAUGUGUCGAUAUCGUCGAAAUGCAGGAUCGUAUUAGUCAAAUUGAGUCGAGUAAUAGUGAAUGAUUGUAUUAGUCAAAUUGAUUCGAUAGAAUCAAGAGUAAUAUCACUAACACACAACUUGGUAAUUAAGAAUGCUUGUAACUUUGUGAUACUCCAAACAUCUUUAGGGUGCAUGAUUCCUAAAUGCAUUGAGAUCGAGUUUUCCUGAAUUGUGGCUACACAUGAUCAAAAUGGAUGAGGUUACGUUGUACAAGCGGAUAAACUGAAAAUUGAUAUCUCUAUGAGCAAGAACUUAGGAAUCCAAUGUAUCAUUGACUCGGUGACUUCACAUGUUGGCAUUACAUCAUAUCUCUUUUGGCACAAAAAUAACGACUAAAUAGUUCAUAAAACAAGCGUAAUAAGAAUUUUAAGUAAAU